AUCGCCCACACUCACGCCCACGCCUAUACCAACAGCUACACCGAUACCUUUUCCAUUAACGUCCAAAUCAACCUCUACACCUGCCAUGCAGCAGCCUAGCGCACCUACCGCUCAAUUCACGACCUCUGCCAUAGCCGCAUUUCCCCUUCCCCCGGUUCUCUCUUCUAGUCGGCCAUCCUCACCGAAUGGCAAAGAGAUAGUAGCCGAACAUUAUCAUAAACAAGGCCAAGAACAGCAUAUGCGAUAUCAAGAUCAAGCUCGAAACAUUUCGCCCGUCCCAUCGAUCACGACCACAAGCUCAGACCAAAACUCUAGUAUGGACGACGCCGACAUACAAGCUGAAGCUGGAGCGAUAUCGCCUGUCAUGGAUCAUGUAUCUCCAGUUCCCACGAGCGUAACCUCGCCCACUACACCUUAUUCUGCAAAAACCCUAGAAACGACUUCCUCACCGUCAGCUUCGAUACCAGAGGCAUCACCAUUACCACCACUUCAAUAUCAGUCACAGCACAAACCAUCCUCUAAAGAGCUUGUCUUGACAGCUGCAUGGCUACAGGAUCCACCCGCUGCAGGUCCAGGCGGUCGAAAGAAACGAGCCGGAGACCCUCAGUUGGGAGAUUUGGGACGAGGCUAUCACA